AAGUCGGCGGGCGCCUGGAUUAUCCAUCCCUACAGCGACUUCAGGUUUUACUGGGACCUCAUCAUGCUGCUCCUGAUGGUGGGGAAUUUGAUCAUCCUGCCCGUGGGCAUCACCUUCUUCAAGGAUGAGAACACCCCUCCCUGGAUCGUUUUCAACGUGCUUUCGGACACUUUCUUCUUGGCUGACCUGGUGCUGAACUUCCGGACAGGCAUCGUGGUGGAGGACAACACGGAGAUCAUCCUCGACCCUCACACCAUCAAAAUGAAGUACUUGAAGAGCUGGUUCCUGGUCGACUUCAUCUCCUCCAUCCCUGUUGACUACAUUUUCCUCAUUGUUGACCUGGAGACCCAGGUGGAUUCUGAUGUCUACAAGACGGCCCGGGCGCUGCGCAUCGUGCGCUUCACCAAGAUCCUCAGCCUGCUGCGCCUGCUGCGCCUCUCGCGCCUCAUCCGCUACAUCCACCAGUGGGAGGAGAUCUUCCACAUGACGUAUGACCUGGCCAGCGCCGUGGUGAGGAUCUUCAACCUCAUUGGGAUGAUGCUGCUGCUGUGCCACUGGGAUGGCUGCCUCCAGUUCCUGGUGCCCAUGCUGCAGGAUUUCCCUGAGGACUGCUGGGUCUCCAAGAACCACAUGGUGAACGACUCGUGGGGGAGGCAGUACUCACACGCCCUGUUCAAGGCCAUGAGCCACAUGCUGUGCAUCGGCUACGGGCAGCAGGCGCCCGAGGGCAUGACCGACGUCUGGCUCACCAUGCUCAGCAUGAUCGUGGGGGCCACCUGCUACGCCAUGUUCAUCGGCCACGCCACCGCCCUCAUCCAGUCCCUGGACUCAUCCCGGCGCCAGUACCAGGAGAAGUACAAGCAAGUGGAGCAGUACAUGUCAUUCCACAAGCUGCCUGGGGACACGCGCCAGCGCAUCCACGAGUACUACGAGCACCGCUACCAGGGCAAGAUGUUUGACGAGGAGAACAUCCUGGGGGAGCUCAGUGAGCCACUCAAAGAGGAAAUCAUCAACUUCAACUGCCGCAACCUGGUGGCCAACAUGCCCCUGUUUGCCAACGCUGACCCCAACUUUGUGACAGCCAUGCUGACCAAGCUGCGCUUCGAGGUCUUCCAGCCCGGGGACUUCAUCAUCCGUGAGGGCACCGUGGGCAAAAAGAUGUACUUCAUCCAGCACGGGGUGGUCAGCAUCCUCACCAAGGGCAACAAGGAGACCAAGCUGUCUGAUGGCUCCUAUUUUGGGGAGAUCUGUCUGCUGACACGGGGCAGGCGCACGGCCAGCGUGAGAGCCGACACCUACUGCCGCCUCUACUCCCUGUCCGUGGAUAACUUCAACGAGGUGCUGGAGGAGUACCCCAUGAUGCGCAGGGCCUUCGAGACCGUGGCCAUGGACCGGCUGGACCGCAUAGGGAAGAAGAACUCCAUCUUGCUCCGCAAGAGAGCCGAGCACAGCUCGGGGCCCCUGAACAACGAGAUGAUCCAGCAGAUCGUGAAGCACGACCAGGACAUGGCCCACAACAUCCAGGACCUGCAGCAGAUGGCGAUGGGCCGGGAGCUGAGCGGGAAGCCGGUGAUCUGGGAGCCGCUGGUGCACGCCCCGCUGCAGACAGCCGCCGCCACCACCAACGUGGCCAUCGCGCUGACCCACCAGCACAGCCUGCAGGCGCACAUCUUCCUGCCGCCCUCCUCCAUCUCCAGCCCGCUCUCCCCCGAGGCCACCCUGCUCACCAAGCCGGUUCGCCGCUCCCAGCCCAGCCUGGGGGGCUCCCGACCCUCCUCCGUCAGCUCGCCCUCCGGGGUGCAGUCCCAUCUCCAGACACCGGCCGCCGGCUCGCCUUCCUCGCCCAUGGUCCAGCCCCAGGCGCCGCUGGAGAGCGGGGCUCAGAGACCCAGCCCCGGGGCGCAGCCCCUGCCCCGCACGGGGGCAGCGGGGGCCAAGCAGCCCCCGGGAGCCCCCCAGCCCCAGCUCUCCCGGUCCCGCGGAGCUUCGCUCUCCACCUCGCUGCUGCAGCAAGCGGCGGGCGCUGCGUCCCCCAGCUCCGAGCAGGCGCUGCCGCCGGGGAGAACGCUCCACUACAGCCUGUCCCGAGCCACCGGCUCCCACAUCUCGCUCCUGAUGCAGCCCCAGCAGCUGGUGAAGCACAGGAGCAUCCAGGGCCUGCCGGUGGGGCGGCUCACCCAGGAUGUGCGGCUCCUCUCUGCCUCCCAGCCCUCCCUUCCCAAUAAAGUAGCCCAGCAAGCCGACGGGAGCUCCUUGAAGCAGGGCAGGAAAUCUGCAGGGAACCUGGCCCGCAGGUCCUCGCCCUCGGUAGCCGGACUCCUGGCCAAGCCGUGCGCGGGGAUCGCAGGCCAGCCCGCACACUCGCAGCAGAUGCCUUCAGGAUCGCUGGCUCAGCCCGGCCGCUCCACGGCGGCGGCGUCCACCCCCCAGUCCCCGGGCUCCGCGUCCAGGCAGGCAGCAGGUCCCUCCCGCAAGGGCUCCGUGGCCUUCAGCCCCGAGGUGGAAACGGCAAAGCCCAAACUCUCAUCCAACAUGUGAGUCCUGGCGGCACCCACACAGGCAGGAGGGACCCGGGCAUCCCGGCGGCGCAGGAGGCAGGAGAAGCAGGGCGCCAGCCCCGCCGUGUCGGAGGGAAAACGAGGUGAGAGGCAGCACCCGGGUCCAUGGAGGGGCUGUUUCAGGCAGGGAUGAGCGUGGGGCCAGCCCCAGAGCUGGCCCUGCUGGAUGAGGAGGGGGCUCUGCUGAUUGCCCCAAGGGGGUCACCCUGCCCGGGCUCUCCCCUCCUUGCUCAUCACCAUCUGUGAGUUCUGCCCUCCUCCCGGAGGCACGGGACAGGUCAGAGCCCUUGCCCAAACUCUGGCCUCUCUGGGGAAGCUCAGCUCCCCAUAACUGCCCCUUGGGGGCCGGGGCCCCCACGCUCUGUGCCCCAUGUCCCACAGCCUGUCCCGGGGCCAGGCUGGCGCUGGCAGCUCCUCCAGCUUGUCCUCUGUCACAGCAGGGGCUGCCCCACGCCCACCUCCAUCCCCAGACUGCUCUGCCCAGCGCCUUUGCCUUUAGGGUGAGGAGGGAGGAGGCUGCAGUCCGUGGCAGGCAGAGCAUGGGGGUCCAGGGUCAGCACUCCCCCUUCCCGGAGUGCCAGGGCCUGGGGGUGCCGGGCAGGGCUCCCCUGGUGUGACGAGUGCCAAGGGGCAACGCUGGGGGCAGAGAGCAACCCCCUAGUCCCUCUCCCCGGCUUGUGGGACCGUUCUGCCCCAGAGGUGCUGAAUCCCAGUGAGGUUGGGAUGUGCUGCUGGGCAGGGCUCUGCCCCACACCUGGGCACUGUGGCUGCCCCUCCAGGUGCCCCCAUGGGGGCAGCCUGGGGGGAUUCUGCUGCCUGCAGCUCCAGGAGGAUGCUCAGAGGGUCAGUCCAAGGCGACCCUCUGUGGCUCCAGGAUGAUGUCCAGAAGGUGAUCUGGGAGG